AAUAACUUUUUUCUUUCUUUCGGGAAGGCGUGAUCUUGUGUCUUUCGUUCAUGGAGCCCACCAUUCAUUGAUAGUCGUGACAAAUUGAAACUAUCGAUAGUGCCAUCGAUAGUUUUGCAGCUCUGUCACAUAGUACAAAAAAAAAAAAUGGAUUUAGGUGCUGUGAGUUUUGAUAUUGAAUAUUUUAAUAGUAGGACUUCUAAGAACCCAAACUUUCUUAAGGAAUGUAAAUCAUCUCCUCCUGCUUCGUUUAAAUGCUUAUCUGACAACAAAGCAGGUCGUUUCAUUUGCGAUACUUGUUGCAAGAGAUUUAAAAAACCAUGCCUCUUACAUCGCCAUGAAGUUGUUCAUUCAUCAGAAAAGCCCUACUCCUGCUCCAAAUGCAGUAAACGGUUUACACAGAGUUCCUCAUUGCAACGACAUCGGGCGGAACAGCACAAGCCUGACAGGAAACGUUACCAAUGUGGGAAAUGCCCCCUGAGCUUUGGACAAAAAGGCAAUUUGAAUAUUCAUGGGAAAAAGGUACACCCGACGAAAGCUAUUGGUACGCACGUCUGCGAUCUGUGUGAAUCUGUAUACAGCAACAAACAAAAACUUAGUAGGCACAUAAAUACAGUACACAGCAAUAGCAGUAAACAUAAAAGUGCUAUUGGGAAAUCAAAUGAUAUUGUGCAAGAUGAUUUAGCGCUAACGCAAAGAGUUUUAGAGCAGCUUAAAACAUUUCAAAGGGAAAUGCAAGCCUUAGAAUCUCAGUCCAUGGAAACCACGGACAAUUUAGAAAGGCCAAUAAUAACCGUGUUAAACAGUGCUCACCAAACGAAUAAAGGAACACUGCAACAUCAACAUCAUGACUCUGUAUCCUCAGUCAAUGAAGAGCAAGAAUCAGAGUCCUGCAUAUCUGUGCGGCGCUUUCCUCGUGCGGUUGGCUGCUCGCAAUACGAGUGUGAGUUUUGCACGAAGAAUUUCCGAAAGUACUACGACUACGUAAGACAUCACAGGGUGCAUACACGGGAGAAACCUUACAAGUGUGCAUUUUGUCAACGAUACUUCAGCGCAAAAACGAAAGUACUAGAUCAUUCAAAGAUACAUCGUUUAGAUGAGCAUGUAGGCAUCAUAACCAAACAAUAUCCCUGUGCAGUUUGUUGCCAAACUUUUAGUUCGCUAAGAUUGCUUGAUAAUCAUAUGAGCACACAUGCUGAGUCUUAUAUUGUAAAAUACAAAUGCAUGGCCUGUGAGGCUAUAUUUAAUUCAAGCAGCAAGCUUAUGUCUCAUAAACACCUGAGAUCGGAUGAGGAAGUACUAUUUUUGCAGCAACUAAUACCACCGCCAGUAGAAGUACUCGUAAACCCAAAUGCCAAUGCAUCAGACAACAGCCCUAAAUGCACAUCUAUAAAAGCGAAACCCAAUUCAGAUAAAUUGAAGUGUUGUACAUGCGAAAGACUGUUCUCGAGCUCAUCUGUGCUGCGUAAUCACCGACGUAUCUAUCAUGGUGCCUAUAGUCGCACCUCUAAUAACACUGGCUUAGCUUAUUCACACUAUUUUAGAUGUGCCUAUUGUGCCCGACUUUUUAAAACCUCAUCACAUUGUAGAACACAUAUGCUUACGCACUUGAAAAAUUUGUUAAACGUUGGUUCAACGGGUCAAGUAAAGGGAGACCAAAUACCUCCAAAAGUGAGCAUAGUCAAUGCAAUAGUAAUUAUCACUGACACCACAAUCAAAGCAAACAUAAAAAUUGCUCAAUUUAAUAUAUUAGCCCCGAAACAGACGAAAGCGCAAAAGGGGGAACUAAUACGCCCUUUAUGCGCGAAAGCUUUGCUUCGGCAUAAAUGCCAUUUUUGCUCAAGUCAAUUUGUCAAAUCGUGCGACCUUAAACGUCAUUUAGUUACGCAUACCCGUGAGCGAAUGCAUGAAUGCUCCACAUGCCGUAAGUCUUUCAGCUUGAGGAGCACGCUUAGACAACAUCGGCUGGUACAUGAAAUGGAACGUAAAAAACACAUCUGUAUCGUUUGUGGAAAAACGUAUUCUGCUAAGAAAUCACUAAAUGUUCAUUUGAGAUUGCAUACUGGCGAGCAACCGUUUGCUUGUGAACAUUGUGCACUUAAGUUUCGUACAUCAGGCCAAAGAAUUACUCAUCUAAAAGUGGUACAUGGAUUAAAAAAAUAUGUGCCUGCAGAAAAAGACUAAGCAAGGAUGCACGACCGAUGGUUUUCCUACAGAUAAAAUUAUAUUUUGUUUUGAAUUCAAUGUAAAACAACUAAUGUAUCUUAAAUUAAAUACUAUUCCAUCUUUGAAA